AGUGGAAGGGAGGGGAGAGUCAGAGAGGGAGGAACAUCCAUGUGAGGGAGGGACAUGGAUUACUUGCCUCCAACAUUCACCCCAACUGGAGUUGGGCAUCCCACCUGCCACCACGCCGAGUGCAAUGCCAUGGACUCGCCCCAGGUCUUCAUGAGGCAGCUGCCCGUCACCCCAGGCUACAGCGGCUUCGUCCCCUACCUGAGCUGCGAGGGCACCUCCAGCGAGGACCACAUGUCCCGCUGCCUGCAGGCCUUCCGGGAGAAAACACAGCGCUACAAGGACCAGCAGAAGGAGUUCUGCCACGCGGUGGCCACUGCCCCCAAACUGAAGCCCAUCUGCCGGGAGGAGACGGUCCUACGGGCGCUGCACCAGUACUACCAGGAGCACCACCCCUUGCUUCUGGAAUGCCGACACCUGAGGAAGCCGCUAGAGGAGCCCCCCAUCCCCGGCUGGGCGGGCUACCUGCCCAGAGCCAGGGUCACCGAGCUGGGCUGCGCCACCCGGUACUCGGUCAUGGCCAAGAACUGCUACCGGGACUUCAUGGACCUCCUGGAGCGGUCCGAGAGAGCGCACCUGAAGCCCUAUGAGGAAAUAUACGGAGGGAGGUCCACGCAGCCUCCUCCCGCUCCUUCUCCAAAAGUUUUGCAGCACGAAUGGCUGCCGAAAUACCCGGACUGUUACGCACCAGACAGCAGCUGUCCUGGCCUUGGAAUGCCCCCGAUCGAGCACCCCCGGCCUUCGGGGACGUGCGGCUGGGCUCAGAGACCAAGUCAGUGGUGCAGCAGGAAGCUCUAUCUGGAACCACUGUCCUCAGCCAACAGCCACCUCGGAGAGCCGCCCAGGGAGAGUGGACUCUAGGGGGCGCUCAGGAGCUCCCAGUCUCCCAGGAGAACCCAUCACCUGACCC